CAACACAAGCCCAUCUCCUUGCAAUGAAUUCCAACACGGGAACAUUUGCCAUCAAUGUCAACAAGACCAUGAGCUGGAAUCCCAUCACCCUCGUAACGCAAGUCCAAGAAUGGGGUGACCCCAGAACACGCGACUACCCUCUAGUCAUGAACCCCAUGUUCGUCUUUCCCCUAAUCUUCUUCUACCUGUACUUCGUGAAGAUUCUCGGUCCGCGCUGGAUGAAGGACCGACCGCCAUUCGAGAUAACCAAUCUAAUCCGCUUCUACAACCUCGCAAUGGUCGUUCUCAAUGCCAAGUUCUGCUACAUUGUGCUUUACGAGACGUACCUGCCCACUGGACGUUACAGCCUUUGGUGCCAAGGCAUCACUGGUUACAUGGACGAGCGCCUGGAAGAGCAAUAUCGCAACGGUUGGUGGUACAUAGCCGUGAGGUACGCUGACCUUUUGGACACCGUCUUUUUUGUGCUGCGCAAGAAGUUCAAUCAGAUCACGCACCUGCACGUCAUUCAUCACACCAUUGUGGCGGUCAACUGCUGGUUCUGGGUGCUGUACGCCCCCGAAGGUCAACCGGCACUGGGUCUUGCCAUUAACGCGUUCGUACACGUCGUCAUGUACACCUACUACUUCCUGGCAACGCUAGGACCAUCCGUGCAAAAGUAUCUGUGGUGGAAGAAGUAUCUGACCACGAUGCAGAUUGUGCAGUUUGUCAUAUUCCUGGUGCACAUGUCGAUUCCCUUGUUCGUGGACUGCGGCUUUCCGCGUCACCUUAUUCACGUAGCGAACGCGCAGACCGUACUGGUGCUGACACUGUUCGUAAACUUCUACAUCAAGUCAUACACGCGGGAAAAGGAAAACACAGCUAUGAGACGGGCAAAGGCGGCGGCAAAAUACGAUGGAGUGGCAAGUGGAGGCGCUCGAACUGAGACGUCAGUAAACAGCUCGAACGGCAAGAAAAGUCAAUAAGUUGGGACAGCUUUCAGAAAAUUACGUUUUCCGGAGUGUGUACUGCGAACAACUAUAGCGUGGAAAUUCCGCUAGGAAGACAGUGAAGCGCGUCCGAAGUUGUAAAAAUGUACUAGGUGCUAUUUGGCACCACGCCGAAAAUGUUUGAUAUGCAAUGUAGUUCUGAAGCUCGAUGAAUGUGCUGCUUGGGUGCGUGAAUCAGCGUUAUGGUAUGGUGGGGUGAAACUUUAUUGAAGGACUAAUGGAUGUUGGCUGAGCCACUGAGGGUAGAAAGCUAAGUGGGAUUGCAUCUUCAGUCGUAUAAGCUUGGCUUGCUGAACAGCCCAAAGAGAGAAAGGGAGCAAGGAAAGGCAGGGAGGUGAACCAGAAGCAACGUUCGGUUCACUACCCUGCACCGAAACAAGGGA